AUGUCGGGACUCGAGAAGUCCCUAUUUCAGCUCAAGUUUACCGCCAAGUCGCUCCAGCGACAAGCGAAAAAGGCGACCAAGGACGAGACAGCCGAGAAGGCCAAGCUGAAAAAGGCGCUCGCGCAGGGAAACACAGAAGGCGCACGCAUCUAUGCCUCGAAUGCCAUCCGCAAAAAGAACGAGUCGCUCAACCUUUUGCGAUUGGGAAGUCGCAUCGACGCCGUUGCUAGCAGAGUAGAGACCGCCGUGACCAUGCGGCAAGUGUCCGGCAGUAUGGCGUCAGUGGUCAAAGGCAUGGAUAAGGCGAUGGAAAGCAUGAACCUCGAGCGCAUAUCCAUGGUCAUGGACAAGUUCGAGACGCAGUUCGAGGACAUGGACGUGCAGACGUCGUACAUGGAGGGCACCAUUGGCGCCACCACCGCACAAAGCAUGCCGCAAGACCAGGUCGACCUGCUCAUGCAACAGGUAGCAGACCAGAACGGCAUCGAGAUCAACCACAAGCUUGGCGAAGGUGGUCUGCUUGAAGGCAAGGUCGCCGAUCUGGCACCCAAGGUUCCGGACGGCAAGGUCAAGGAGAAGGAAGACGAUGCGCUUGCCGAGCGUCUGCGCGCGCUCCGACCUGCCACCUAA